AUGCCGAUCGGCAGCGAAGACAGCCUCACAGAAACCCCACAUGCUCUAGUGCUGCUGAAGGGCGUGCAGUGUGCCGAGGAUGCCGUGUCCGCUUACAAGGCUGGUUUGUCAGGCUGCGUGCUGUCCAACCACGGCGGCAGGCAGUUGGACACCUGCCGCCCAGGCAUUGAGGUGCUCCCCGAGGUCAUGGAGGGGCUCCGAGAGGCUGGCGCCACCAAGGAGAAUUUCGCCGUCUUCAUCGACGGCGGCGUGCGCCGUGGCGGCGAUAUCUUCAAGGCCGUAGCGUUGGGCGCGCAGGCAGUGGGUGUGGGCCGCCCAGUCCUUUACUCCCUUGCCUCUUACGGCAUGAACGGCAUUGUCCGAAUGGUUCACAUGCUCCAGGACGAGCUCCAGAUGGUGAUGCGCCUCUCCGGCACACCGAACAUCCCGAGCAUCACCGAGAAGCACGUGAUCAUCACCAACCUGGCCGAUCACAUCGUGCCGCUGCCUACGGACUUCCUUGUUCAGCAGCCCAGCAGCAUUUGA